GCCUUCACACUUUCCGGAGUGAUUUCGUCACGGCGUUUUACAAACGUAGUCGCGCGCUGCGGGGGCUCUAGCAUAGACGUCUAUGGGCUCCAGUAUCCCGUGGUAACGAACCUGGACACAACACUGCCACGGUUGAUUGUAGUAGAUAGUGGAAUAUCUAUAUAUAUUGUUGCUGUCCUUUUUUCUUUAAUUGAUCUAUUUACAUAACGACUCAUAACAAGCGAACACCCCUGGGUUCAACUCCACACUCAGAUACAUCGUGAAUGUGUCCCACAGAUUAUGAAUGUGUUAUUAUUAUCAUGAAGCUAAAGUGGUCAACAGAGCAAACGCUUCCGUAUCUCGCAUUUUCUCGCGGGUGGACUUUACCCGAACAUAUGAAACCUUAUGAAAAGUUAUGAAACGUGGGCCCGUCUUUCAUGGCUUCUCACUAAUGUUCUCAUUUUACUUGGUUAAACGUUAACUUGACGCCAGCUCACAGAUUUUUGCGUUUUCUCGUCAGUCGCUGAGAUUUUGCUGCUUUUUGAGGACCAACCUGCACGCUGACGUCAGACGUUCUCUAAUCAUGCAGCUGGUGGUGCGCCAGUACCGUCCCUCAGACAAGGACACGGUGCUGAGCCUGUUCAGCAUCGGCAUUCAGGAGCAUAUCGGCCCUUGUUUUCGGAACGCCGCCACCAGCCCCCUGUACCUCGCCAUCACCCUGUCCCUGCUGAUCACCGGCUACCUCGUCGGCUCUGUAUUUGCAGCUGUUUUGCUGCCGGCCGCCUGGUUGGGCCUCGUCUACCACUGCUGCCGUGAGCUGUACGCCGGCUACGUGAAGGAGCGGCUGCGGACGGACAUGCAGGACAUCGUGGGGAACUACCUGAGCAGACCGGACGACUGCUUCUGGGUGGCUGAGGCGGAGGUGGAGGGCAGGGCGCAGGUCGUCGGUAUGGUGGCCGUAAUGGGCAAACAGAGCGGGGACCAAAAGCACGGGGAGAUGUUCAGGAUGAUCAUCUCCCAGCAGUGCAGGCGGAUGGGCCUGGGCUACCGGCUGACUCAGACUGUCAUCGACUUCUGUAAGGACAACGGCUUCUCCAAGGUGGUGUUGGAGACGAGCUCCACCCAGACGGCUGCCGUGGCUCUGUACUACAAACUGGGGUUCAGUCUUGCCUACACGCACCAAGAAACACACGCCCCCCCCUGGCUUGUUUUCCUGACAAGAGUCACGAUUUUAAAAAUGGAAAAAGACCUGUAAAUCUAAUUGGUCCCUGAUUAGCUUCUUUCAAGCUUCAUCAGUGGUUUAGGUUUUUAGUCCAGGAGCAUCUGAAUGAAUCAUUACUGUUUGUUAUUAUUAUGGUUGAGAGGGAGUUAGUGACACAACCCACAGUCCUUUGAAAGAGUCCCUUCAGAAAAAUUGCUCUGAAGGGAAGUCACUUAGUGAUUAGUGCGUAUCCACACAGGAGCUGAAUCAGGUGAGGCCGAAAACUUCCAUGAGAAACAUUUGAUCACUGCUAAAUGGUGCAACUACCCCACCUGCUGACGUAAACUGGCAACCAUGAGGUAAGGUGGAGACUUGAAGCAACUUUUAGGAUCACCAGUUGAAUUUGUGAAAACAAAUAUGUUGGAGGUUCAGCUUCUUUCAAUUUUCAUCAUGAAGUAUUCCACUUAGCAAUUCAAAGUUUCACAAUCAGAGUGUUCGGUAGGUAAAGUGUGUUUAUGAAAGAUCAGUUUUUUGGUUCAUUGUUCCCCCCACAAAUCUGAAUUGUUGAGAAAAGUGUUUUUAAUCAAAAUUUUGUGUGUAUGUGUGUGUCAGACCUGUUAAAGUUUCAUUCAUGUAUUAUUGAACACCGUGACAUACAGUAUGUUUCAGUGCUUUAUACACAACUGUGAAGAGUGCUAAACGUUUAUUGUUUGACUUCUGAUACUAAAGGCCAUUAAAUGUCUUGAAAUUCUUCAUUUAAUCACUGCAGUCUGGUUGUUUGACCUUAUUUUGUAUCUCAUUACACUGGAAAUUGUGUUAAACAUGUGAAAUGCUGGAUGUGUUGUUCCCAUGGAUAACCUUUGACCUUGUGUUUUUUACGUUUAUUUUAGUCGGCCACUGGAUGGUGCUAAAAGUUUUGGAAUCUUAAACACGUUCUCAGCCUCACAUCAGUGUCGUUCAGUUUUUACCCCAACUCUCUCCUUUGAGAGUAUAUUUCCUUUUUGUAACUUCAUUUUUUAUCAUCUUUCAUCUGUCAAACACUAAACUUCACAAAAGAUACUGUUGACUCGGUCUCAACAUGUCCCAGCACUUUGUAUUUCCUCCAUUAAUCUUCCAUUUGGCUCCUCUGGAGUCUUACUAUGCGAGUCGAUUUCUCCAUCAUUCAUAUUCUUUAACAAGCUGCCUUCCUUGGUUUAGAGUUGUUGGUACUUCUCAGUUCCACCUGCUUGUUACUGUUUAUAAUAACUGUUAAUGUUACUGUUAAUAUUACUGUAAAUAUUAUAGCCAAAAUAUUUAUCUUGACCCUGUCCAUAUUCAUCUGAAAGAUUAUCAAGGUAUAAGAUGGAGACAUUAAACAUUUUCUUUUCCCAGCUCACUGCUAAUGGCUUUCCAAAAAAAGGUUUUAUGCGUCUACAGUUCACAUUAACCAGUCCACGUUUUCUAGACUUUUAUCGAAGCAUUUAUGUUUGAUUUGUGACUUUAAAGAAAAUAAA